ACCUCGCACCUCACUCUCUGCGUUGCCAGCAGCAACGGAGGAGCGGAGCGAGUGAGAGAGGGAGAAAGAGAGAGAGAGAGAGAGAGCGAGAGAGGGCGCUGAGGGGGAGACAUAAAGCCCUGCGCUGUUCUCUGUUUUCUCCCCGGCUGUCACCGCGGGACAAAGGCAUGGUGUGAGCACGCUGCACUUCUUCUCGCCUCUGUGAGCUUUCUGAAGCAUGCAUCCGAGGAAUCCCUGACCGAGGAGGAGGAGGAGGAGGAGGAAGGCUGUCGGGGCUCUCGUUUAUUUUUUAAGUGCGCAGAAGAAAAGAGAAAGAAAGAAGGAAAGAAAAAGAGGGGGGACGAGUAGCCUUUGAACCUAGACUGCAGGCUCCUUCUGCAGGAUUGGACCCGGCCGGUCUGUGAGGGCUUUGAGGGGGGCUUUGGGGGGCUUUGCAUUUCUUUUUGUUUGUUUUCUUCCUCCAAACAAGAACAUGUUGCGUCUGACAGCGGAUCUGAUGGCUGUCGGGUUGCUCUUCUUGGGCUUUUUGCACAGCAUGGAGGUGAUUCUUCCAGCCAGGGCUGUCGACGCCCCAAAGACGUGCAGCCCCAAGCAGUUUGUGUGUAAGGACCAGGUGACCUGUAUCUCUAAAGGCUGGAGGUGUGACGGAGAGAAAGACUGUCCUGAUGGAUCUGACGAGGCUCCAGAUGUCUGUCCUCACAACCGCGUGUCGCGGUGUCCUCCUAAUGAGCACCAGUGCCAGGGCACAGAUGUGUGUGUGCACAUGAAUAAGCUGUGUAACGGAGUGUCGGACUGUCCAGACGGCGGAGACGAGGGCGCCCACUGCAGAGAGCUGAUUUCUAGCUGUACCAAUGCCGGUUGCCAGGACAACUGUGCUGUCACACGGACGGGUCCCAUGUGUUACUGCAAGAGCGGCUUUGAGAUCAGCCAGGAUGGAAAAACGUGUAAAGAUUUUGAUGAGUGUACAGUCUACGGGACGUGCAGUCAGACGUGUACGAACACUGAGGGAUCAUAUUCUUGCUCCUGUGUGGAAGGUUACCUCGCCCAGCCGGACAACCGCUCCUGCAAGGCCAAGAACGUGCCUGUGGAUCGCCUCCCCGUGUUGCUUAUCGCCAACUCUCAGAACAUCCAGGCUACAUCCCUGAGCGGCGCCAGCAGCAGCUCCCUGUACACCAGCACCAAGCAGACCACCGCCAUGGACUUCCUCUACGAUCAGGAAAUGGUCUGCUGGAUUCACGUGGGCGACACGCCCGCAGGCACGCAGCUCAAAUGCGCCAAUAUCCCUAGCCUGAAGAGCUUCAUGGACGAGAGAGUCAUCAACAUUUCCCUCAGCCUGCACAAUGUGGAGCAGAUGGCUAUAGACUGGCUUACAAGGAAUUUUUACUUUGUUGAUGACGUUGAUGAUCAGAUCUUUGUGUGUGAUAAGGAUGGAGUCACAUGUGUGACGCUGCUGGAUCAAGAGCUGUACAACCCGAAAGGCAUUGCACUGGACCCCACUAUGGGGAAAGUGUUCUUCACAGACUAUGGUCAGAUCCCAAAGGUAGAACGUUGUGAUAUGGAUGGACAGAAUCGUACAAAGCUGGUGGACAGUAAGAUUGUCUUCCCUCACGGCAUCACGCUGGACCUGGUCAACAGGCUGGUGUACUGGGCUGAUGCUUACCUGGACUACAUCGAGGUGGUGGACUACGAGGGCAAGAAUAGACAUACCAUCAUACAGGGCCUACUGAUUGAGCACCUUUAUGGGCUGACGGUGUUUGAGAACUAUCUCUAUGCCACCAACUCGGACAACGCCAACAUGCAGCCCAAGACCAGCGUCAUCCGGGUCAACCGUUUCAACAGCUCAGACUACCAAGUGGUCGCCCGGGUGGACAAGGGGGGCGCCCUGCACGUGUACCACCAGAGACGCCAGCCUGCAGUGAGGAGUCACGCGUGUGAGGUGGAUCAGUUCGGCAAAGCUGGCGGCUGCUCUGAUAUCUGUCUGCUGGGAAACAGCCACAAGAGCCGAACCUGCCGCUGCCAGUCCGGCUUCAGUCUGGGCAGUGACGGCAAAUCCUGCAAGAAACCUGAACAUGAGCUCUUCCUAGUGUACGGUAAGGGUCGUCCAGGAGUGAUCAGAGGGAUGGACAUUAAUCCCAAGGUGCAGGACGAGUACAUGAUCCCCAUAGCAAACCUGAUGAACCCUCGAGCGCUGGAUUUCCACGCCCAGAGCAACUUCAUCUAUUUCGCUGACGCCACCAGCUACAUCAUUGGCCGACAGAAGAUCGACGGCACGGAGAGGGACACGAUCCUGAAAGAAGGUAUUCACACAGUGGAGGGUAUUGCUGUGGACUGGAUAGCUAACAACUUAUACUGGACGGAUGACGGACCUAAAAAGACCAUCAGUGUGGCCAGGUUGGAGAAAGCUGCACAGACCAAGAAAACUCUUAUUGAGGGCAAGAUGACCCACCCACGUGCCAUUGUAGUGGACCCAAAAAAUGGCUGGAUGUACUGGACGGACUGGGAGGAGGACCCAAAGGAUAGUAAGAGGGGUAAAAUCGAGAGAGCCUGGAUGGAUGGCACCAACCGGAACAUUCUACUCACCUCCAAAACGGUUUUGUGGCCCAACGGCCUGAGUCUGGACAUACCACAGGGCAUCCUAUACUGGGUGGACGCCUAUUACGACCGCAUUGAGAUGGUCUACCUCAACAGCACUGAGCGCAAGACUGUCCAUGAAGGCCAGGAGCUGAGCCAUGCCUUCGGUCUGUGCCAUUACAAGCACUUCCUGUUCUGGAACGAGUACCGCAGUGGCAGCAUCUACAAGCUGGACCAGGAGACCAAGACUGUGACGCUGCUGCGCAACGAGCGGCCCCCCAUCUUCGAAAUCCGCAUGUAUGACGCUCAGCAGCAGCAAGGUACUAAUGCAUGUCGAGCAAAUAACGGAGGCUGCAGUAGUUUGUGUUUGGCCACUCCAGUGGGCAGAUCAUGUGCCUGUGCUGAGGACCAGCUCCUGGACCCGGCGGACAACACCAGCUGUAAAGCAAAUCCGUCCUACAUCCCUCCUCCUCAGUGCCAGCCUGGCGAGUUCGCCUGCAAGAAUAAUCGCUGUAUUCAGGACCGCUGGAAAUGUGACGGAGACAACGACUGUCUAGACAACAGCGACGAAGCCCCCGAACUCUGCCAUCAGCACACCUGUCCUACUGACCGCUUUAAGUGUCAGAAUAACCGCUGUAUUCCCAUGCGCUGGCUGUGUGACGGAGACAACGACUGUGGAAAUGAUGAAGAUGAGUCCAACACCACAUGCUCAGCUCGGACGUGUCCUCCUAACCAGUUCUCCUGCGCCAGUGGACGGUGUAUCCCCAUCUCCUGGACCUGUGACCUGGACGAUGACUGCGGUGACCGCUCUGACGAGCCUGCCUCAUGCGCCUACCCCACCUGCUUCCCCCUUACCCAGUUCACCUGCAACAACGGACGCUGCAUCAACAUCAACUGGCGCUGUGAUAAUGAUAACGACUGCGGCGAUAACAGCGAUGAGGCGGGCUGCAGCCACUCCUGCUCCAGCACGCAGUUCAAAUGCAACAGCGGCCGCUGCAUCCCCGACUACUGGAAGUGUGACGGAGACAACGACUGUGGUGACUACAGUGACGAGAACAACGCCAACUGCACCAAUCAUGCCACUCGUCCUCCGGGCGGCUGCCACACAGAUGAGUUUCAGUGCCGGAUGGACGGCCUGUGCAUCCCACUGCGCUGGCGCUGCGAUGGCGACACCGACUGCAUGGACCUAAGCGACGAGAAGAACUGCGAGGGCGUCACUCACAUGUGUGAUCCAGCUGUCAAGUUCGGCUGCCGAGAUUCUGCGCGCUGCAUCAGUAAAGCGUGGGUGUGUGACGGGGACAGCGACUGCGAGGACAACUCUGAUGAGGACAACUGUGAGGCGCUGGUUUGUAAACUCUCACACCACGUUUGUGCCAACGACACCACCGUCUGCCUGCCUGCUGAGAAGCUGUGUGACGGCAAGGAUGACUGCCCCGACGGCUCCGACGAGAAGCUGUGCGACCUGUGUUCGCUGGAUAAUGGCGGCUGCAGCCACAACUGCACGGUGGCGCCGGGCGAGGGCAUCCUGUGCUCGUGCCCGCUGGGCAUGGAGCUGGGCACCGACAACAAGACCUGCCAGAUCCAGGGCUUCUGCGCCAAGCACCUGAAGUGCAGUCAGCGCUGCGAACAGGACAAGUUCAACGUCAAGUGCUCCUGCUACGAGGGCUGGGUGCUGGAGCCGGACAUGGAGAGCUGCAGGAGCACAGAUCCAUUCAAGCCCUUCAUUAUCUUCUCCAAUCGUCAUGAGAUCCGGCGGAUCGACCUGCAUAAGGGCGAGUUCAGCGUGCUGGUUCCUGGUCUGAGGAACACCAUCGCUCUGGACUUCCACCUCAACGAGAGCUCACUCUACUGGACCGACGUGGUGGAGGACAAGAUCUACAGAGGGAAACUGUCUGAGAACGGUGCGGCUCUGACCAGCUUUGACGUGGUCAUCCAGUACGGCCUGGCGACGCCUGAAGGUUUGGCUGUGGACUGGAUCGCUGGGAACAUCUACUGGGUGGAGAGUAACCUGGAUCAGAUCGAGGUGGCCAAGCUGGACGGCACCAUGCGUACCACGCUGCUAGCUGGAGAUGUGGAGCACCCCCGGGCCAUCGCUCUGGACCCCAGAGAAGGAAUCCUAUUCUGGACGGAUUGGGAUGCCAGUAUGCCAAGGAUCGAGGCAGCCUCUAUGAGCGGCGAGGGCCGGCGCACCAUCCACAAGGAGACAGGAAGCGGAGGCUGGCCGAACGGACUGACUGUGGACUACCUGGAGCGCCGGAUUCUCUGGAUAGAUGCCAGAUCUGAUGCGAUCUACUCUGCCAAGUAUGACGGCUCGGGCCUGAUUGAGGUUCUUCGGGGGCAUGAAUACCUGUCGCACCCGUUUGCCGUCACCAUGUAUGGAGGAGAGGUUUACUGGACAGACUGGCGCACCAACACCCUGGCCAAGGCCAACAAGUGGACUGGGAACAACGUUACUGUGGUCCAGAGAACCAACACGCAGCCGUUUGAUCUUCAGGUUUACCAUCCGUCAAGACAGCCCCAGGCUCCUAAUCCCUGUGCAGCGAACGGUGGUUUGGGGCCUUGUUCUCACCUGUGUCUGAUCAACUACAACCAGACUUUCUCCUGCGCCUGCCCGCACCUGAUGAGACUCCACUCCGACAACCACACCUGCUACGAGUUCCGUCAGUUCCUCCUGUACGCUCGUCAGAUUGAGAUUCGAGGUGUGGAUAUUUAUAACCCUUACUACAACUACAUCAUCUCCUUUACCGUCCCCGACAUCGACAACGUGACAGUGGUGGACUACGAUGCACUGGAGCAGCGAAUCUACUGGUCGGACGUGCGGACACAGACCAUCAAGAGAGCCUUCAUAAACGGCACCGGCAUCGAGACCGUGGUGUCUGCAGAUUUGCCAAACGUUCAUGGUCUGGCUGUCGAUUGGGUGUCUCGUAACCUGUUCUGGACCAGUUAUGACACCAAUAAGAAACAAAUCAACGUGGCCAGACUGGACGGCUCCUUUAAGAACGCGGUCAUCCAGGGUCUGGACAAACCCCACUGUCUGGUGGUUCAUCCAAUACUGGGAAAGCUCUACUGGACAGACGGGGACAACAUCAGUAUGGCCAACACAGAUGGCAGUAAUCGCAGCAUCCUUUUCACCAAUCAGAAAGGCCCAGUGGGUCUGUCCUUGGACUUUGAUGAGCGUCGUCUCUACUGGGUCAGCUCCGGCAAUGGCACCAUCAGCCGCUGCAAUCUGGACGGAACCGGAUUGGAGGUGCUGGAGGGAGUGAAGGGCAAACUCAGCAAGGCCUCCGCUCUGGCUAUAAUGGGUGAUAAGCUGUGGUGGGCGGAUCAGGGGACAGAUCAGAUUGGCACCUGCGAUAAGAGAGAUGGAGGGAACUGGAAGGUUCUGCGGAACAGCACCUCACCCAUGAUGCACAUGAAGAUCUACAACGAGACUGUGCAGACAGGCUCCAACUUAUGCAGUAAUAAUAAUGGAGAUUGCUCUCAGCUGUGUCUGCCCACCUCUCCGACCACCCGGGCCUGCAUGUGUACGGCUGGAUACAGCCUGAGGAGCGGUCAGCAGUCCUGCGAGGGUGUGGGCUCGUUCCUGCUGUACUCUGUGCAUGAGGGCAUCAGAGGAAUCCCACUCGACCCAGCUGAUAAGUCGGAUGCUCUGGUGCCGGUCUCAGGCUCAUCGCUUGCUGUUGGCAUCGAUUUCCAUGCUGACAAUGACACAAUCUACUGGGUGGACAUGGGCCUGAGCACCAUCAGCAGAGCAAAGAGAGACCAGACCUGGAGAGAGGACGUCGUCACCAAUGGCAUCGGUAGAGUGGAGGGCAUAGCAGUGGACUGGAUUGCAGGAAACAUCUACUGGACUGACCAGGGCUUUGAUGUGAUCGAGGUAGCCCGGCUGAAUGGCUCUUUCCGCUAUGUGGUCAUCUCACAGGGGCUGGACAAACCCCGAGCCAUUGCUGUCCACCCGGAGAAAGGGUAUCUGUUCUGGACUGAAUGGGGUCAGUAUCCGCGGAUCGAGCGGUCUCGUCUGGACGGCACUGAGAGGGCUGUUCUAGUCAACGUCAGCAUCAGCUGGCCCAACGGCAUUUCCAUCGACUAUGAGGAGGGUCUGCUGUACUGGUGUGACGCGCGCACUGAUAAAAUCGAGCGCAUUAACCUGGAGACGGGAGAGAACAGAGAGCUGGUUCUGGCCAGCAACAACAUGGACAUGUUCUCCGUCUCUGUGUUCGAGAGCUACAUCUACUGGAGCGAUCGCACUCAUUCUAAUGGCUCUAUAAAGAGAGGAAGUAAACACAACGCCACAGACUCUGUCACUCUGAGGACGGGGCUCGGAGUGCAGCUGAAAGACAUCAAGGUUUUCAACAGAGCCCGACAGCAAGGAACAAACGUAUGCAAAGAAAACAAUGGCGGCUGCCAGCAGCUGUGCCUUUACCGCGGUAAAGGACAGCGGACAUGCGCCUGCGCCCAUGGCAUGCUGACCGAGGACGGGCUGAGCUGCCGCAACUACGACGGCUACCUGCUGUACUCCGAGAGGACGAUACUGAAAAGCAUCCACUUGUCAGAUGAAAACAACCUGAACGCGCCAAUCAAGCCGUUUGAAGACCCCGACCACAUGAAGAACGUGAUUGCGCUGACGUUCGACUACCGCGGCGGAGGAGGCAAAGGAGCCAACCGCAUCUUCUACAGCGACAUCCACUUCGGAAACAUCCAGCAGAUCAACGACGACGGCUCCGACCGGAAGACGGUGGUCGAGAAUGUUGGCUCUGUGGAAGGCCUGGCGUAUCACAGAGGGUGGGACACACUCUACUGGACAAGCUACACCACCUCCACCAUCACCCGGCACACAGUGGACCAGAGCCGCUGGGGAGCCUUCGACCGUGAAACAGUGGUCACCAUGUCAGGAGAUGACCAUCCGAGAGCUUUCGUCCUGGAUGAGUGUCAGAACCUGAUGUUCUGGACCAACUGGAACGAGCAGUCUCCAAGCAUCAUGCGUGCCCAGCUGUCCGGCUCUAACGUGUUGGUGAUCAUUGGGACGGAUAUCCGCACGCCCAACGGCCUGGCCAUCGACCACCGUGCUGAAAAGCUCUACUUUACUGACGCCACGCUGGACAAGAUCGAGCGCUGCGAGUAUGACGGCAGCCACCGCUACGUGAUUCUGAAGAAUGAGCCAGUGCACCCGUUUGGCCUGGCCGUUUAUGGUGACCAGAUCUUCUGGACUGACUGGGUGCGCAGGGCCGUCCUCCGAGCUGGCAAGUUUGUGGGCUCCGAUAUGAAGGUCCUGCGCGCUGACAUCCCUCAACAGCCAAUGGGAAUCAUCGCUGUAGCCAACGACACCAACAGCUGCGAGUUCUCGCUCUGCAGACUCAAUAAUGGAGGCUGUCAGGACCUGUGCCUGCUGUCGUCCGAGGGCAAGGUCAACUGCACUUGCCGUGGAGAUCGAAAACUCCAGGAGGACAACACUUGUGUCUCUCUGAACUCUUCAUGCAGCAGCAUAUAUGAUUUCGAGUGCGGGAAUGGAGAUUGCAUUAACUACACGCUAACCUGCGACGGCAUGGCGCACUGCAAAGACAGGUCGGAUGAGAAGCAGUCCUACUGCACUAACCGCGACUGCAAAAAGGGCUACAAGCGGUGCGUGAAUGGCCGCUGUGUCAGGCACGGUUCCUGGUGUAACGGCCGUAAUGACUGUGGAGACAACUCAGACGAGCUCUUCUGUAACGCGACCUUGUGCACAUCAGAUCAGUUCCAGUGUCGGGACGGAAGGUGCAUCUCCAACUCCAGCCGCUGUAACCAGGUGGUGGACUGUGAAGACGCCAGCGAUGAGAUGAACUGCCCUGCUACGGACUGCUCCAGCUACUUCCGUCUGGGAGUGAAAGGUGUGACCUAUCAGAGGUGCGAGUUCACCACGCUGUGCUACGCUCCGUCCUGGGUUUGUGACGGCUCCAAUGACUGCGGAGACUUCUCAGACGAGAGCUACUGUCCAGGUCCCACAGAUGCCGGGAAGAGGAAGUGUCCCCCCAAUUUCUUCGCCUGUCCCAGCGGCCGCUGCAUCCCUAUGGCCUGGACCUGCGACAAGGAGAACGACUGCGAGAACGGAGCUGAUGAAGUGAACUGUGAUAAAGUCUGCACAGCAAACCAGUUUGAAUGCGGAAAUCACCGCUGUAUCUCUAACACCUGGGUUUGUGAUGGAGCAGAUGACUGCGGUGACGGCACUGAUGAGGACAGCAGAUGCAAGAAUAAGACGUGCGGUGUCGACGACUUCCACUGUCCAGACUCCCAUAAGUGUGUGCCGCGACACUGGGUGUGUGACGGAGACCGAGACUGCCCCAACGGAGCGGACGAGAGCGUCAAAGCUGGCUGCACAUUUAAAAACACCUGUGAGGCCGACGAGUUCAUGUGCCACAACAGGCGGUGCAUCUCCAAACACUUUGUGUGUGACCACGACAACGACUGCGGCGACGGUUCGGAUGAAUCCGUGGAGUGCGAGUACCCCACCUGCAAGCCCAAUGAGUUCCGCUGUGCUAACGGACGCUGCCUGAUCCAGAGCUCCUGGCAGUGCGACGGCGACUUCGACUGCCACGACCGCUCAGACGAAGCCCCCAAGAACCCGAGCUGCAGCGGGCCAGAGAAGAAGUGCAAUGACACAUCGUACGCGUGCAGAAACGGAAAGUGUGUUAACGAGACGCUGCUGUGCGAUUAUAAGGAUGACUGCGGCGACGGCAGCGACGAGCUGAACUGCUUCGUUAACGAGUGCCUGAACAGCAAACUCAGCGGCUGCUCUCAGCUCUGCGAGGACCUGAAGAUCGGCUUCAAAUGUAGAUGUCACCCUGGCUUUAGGCUGAAGGAUGAUGGGAAGACGUGCGUGGAUGUAGAUGAGUGCAGCAGCACCUUCCCCUGCACACAGCACUGCAUCAAUACUCACGGCAGCUUCCACUGCGUGUGCGUGGACGGAUACCAGCUCAGCUCCACCGACCCCACCGUCUGCAAGUCCACCUCUGAUGAGGAGCCUUUCCUGAUCUUUGCUAAUCGAUACUACCUCAGGAAGCUCAACCUGGACGGAACAAACUACACCUUAUUGAAGCAGGGCUUGAAUAAUGCCGUAGCUUUGGACUUUGACUACCGGCAGCAGAUGAUCUACUGGACUGACGUGACGACUCAGGGUAGCAUGAUCAGGCGGAUGAACAUUAAUGGAAGUAACGUUCAGGUCCUUCACCGCACGUCGCUAAGCAACCCUGACGGGCUGGCUGUUGAUUGGGUGGGAGGGAACCUGUACUGGUGCGAUAAAGGCCGAGACACGAUCGAGGUGUCCAAGCUGAACGGUGCCUACAGGAUGGCGCUGGUCAGCACUGGGCUGCGAGAGCCGAGAGCCGUGGCUGUGGACGUGCGCAAUGGGUACCUGUACUGGUCAGACUGGGGCGAUAACCCUCACAUCGGCCGCAUUGGGAUGGACGGCACCAACCGGAGUGUGAUCGUGGAGGACAAGAUCACGUGGCCAAACGGACUCACUCUGGACUUCAUCAACGACCGCAUCUACUGGGCCGAUGCCAGAGAGGACUACAUUGAGUUUGCCGACCUGGAUGGCACCAACCGGCACACAGUUCUGAAUCAGGACAUCCCGCACAUUUUCGCCAUGACUCUGUUUGAGGAAUACAUCUACUGGACCGACUGGGAGACCAAAUCCAUCAAUAGAGCGCACAAGACCCUCGGCACCAACAAGACCAUGCUGAUCAGCACCCUGCACAGACCCAUGGACAUUCACAUCUACCACCCGUACAGACAACCUGAGGUAACGAACCACCCAUGCCAGACGGACAACGGCGGCUGCAGUAACCUGUGCCUGCUCUCCCCUGGCGGAGGCUACAAGUGUGCCUGUCCCACCAACUUCUACCUGGCUGCUGAUGGAAAGCAAUGCAUGUCCAACUGCACCGCCAGCCAGUUUGUUUGCAAGAACGACAAGUGCAUCCCGUUCUGGUGGAAGUGUGACACAGAGGACGACUGUGGUGACCGGUCAGAUGAGCCGGCAGACUGCCCUGAGUUUAAGUGCAGGCCAGGCCAGUUCCAGUGCGGGACGGGUAUCUGCACAAACCCAGCCUAUAUCUGCGACGGAGACAACGACUGUCAGGACAACUCGGACGAGGCUAACUGCGAUAUCCAUGUAUGUCUGCCCAGUCAGUUUAAGUGCACCAACCCCAGCCGCUGCAUUCCUGGCAUCUUCCGCUGUAACGGCCAGGACAACUGUGGAGAGGGAGAGGACGAGAAAGACUGCCCGGAGGUGACGUGUGCUCCGAACCAGUUCCAGUGCACCAUCACCAAGCGCUGUAUCCCACGAGUGUGGAUGUGUGACCGGGAUAACGACUGUGUGGACGGAUCAGACGAACCCGCAAACUGCACUCAGAUGACGUGCGGUGUGGACGAGUUCCGCUGUAAGGACUCCGGGCGCUGUAUCCCCGCCCGCUGGAAGUGUGACGGAGAGGACGACUGUGGAGACUCAUCUGAUGAGCCCAAAGAGGAGUGUGAUGAGCGGACGUGUGAGCCCUAUCAGUUCCGCUGUAAGAACAACCGCUGUGUUCCUGGACGCUGGCAGUGCGACUAUGACAACGACUGUGGGGACAACUCUGAUGAAGAUGACUGUGUUCCCAGGCAGUGUUCUGAGAGUGAGUUUGCCUGCACUAACGGUCGCUGUAUUGCUGGACGAUGGAAGUGUGAUGGUGACCACGACUGCGCUGACGGGUCAGAUGAGCACGGCUGUGAUGUGAAGUGUGACGGUGACCAGUUUCAGUGUAAGAAUGGUCACUGUAUUCCGUUCCGCUGGAGAUGUGACGCUGAUCCUGACUGUAUGGACGGCAGUGAUGAGGAGAACUGUGGCAGUGGAGUGGGGCGACAGUGCCCUCAUGAUGAGUUCCAGUGUAACAACACGCUGUGUAAGCCACUGUCCUGGCAGUGUGACGGAGAGGACGACUGCGGAGACAACUCAGACGAGAACCCGGAGGAGUGCAAGAAGUUCCAGUGUCCUCCAACCAGGCCGUUCAGAUGCCCCAAUGGUCGUAUUUGCCUGCCACAGUACAAACAGUGCGACGGUGUUGACAACUGUGGAGACAAAAGUGACGAAGAAAACUGCCAGACCACGCCAGUCUGUGGGAAAGAUGAGUUCAGCUGCAGUAAUGGCAAGUGUAUCAGCUCCAACCUGCGCUGUAACUACUUCAAUGACUGCGAGGACUAUGGCUCUGACGAGAUCAAGUGUGGCAAGAAAGACUCAAACCUGAAUGAGUGUCAUCAGAACAGAAGUAUUUGCGGAGAUGGAGAUGAAGCUCAUUGUGUCAUAAACGGCACAGAUUCCUUCUGUUCAUGCAAACCAGGAUUCCAGAGAACGACUCAGCAGAUCUGCCUAGAUGUGAACGAGUGUAAGCAGUUUGGCGUGUGCUCCCACAUCUGCAACAACACCAAGGGGUCCUACAAGUGUAGCUGCCACAGGAACUUCAACCGGGUCAACAACGGCUGCAAGGCGGGCGGUAACGAGAGGCAGAUUCUGUACUUGGCUGACGAUAACGAAAUCCGCAGCCUGCAUCUUGAAAAUGGGAACUGGAUUUAUGAGCAGGCUUUCCAUGGCGACGUCAACGUCCGAAUCGACGCCAUGGACCUGCACAUUAAACACAAGCGCAUCUACUGGACCAACUGGCACACGGGCAGGAUCUCUGUUUUCGAGGGGUCUUCUGGCUCGGUCUCGCCGAAUUCCAACCGUAACCGCAGACAGAGCGAUCCUAGAGUGACCGAUCUAGAGAUUCCGAAUCUGAAGAUGCCGCGCGGCAUUGCAGUCGACUGGGUGGCCGGGAACAUUUACUGGACCGACUCGGGCCGGGACGUCAUCGAGGUCGCUCAGAUGAACGGACGCCACCGCAAGACUCUGAUCUCAGGCAUGAUCGAUGAGCCCUACGCCAUCGUAGUGGACCCAACGAGAGGGACCAUGUACUGGGCAGACUGGGGUAACCAUCCUAAGAUUGAGACAGCAGCAAUGGACGGCACUAUGAGAGAGACGCUGGUGCAUGAGAACAUCCAGUGGCCCACCGGUCUGGCGGUGGAUUACUUUAACGAGCGGCUGUACUGGGCCGACGCCAAGCUUUCAGUGAUCGGCAGCGUGAGGCUGAACGGGACGGAUCCGGUCAUAGCCGUUACCAGCGUUAAGAACAACCUGCACCACCCCUUCAGCAUCGAUGUCUAUGAGGACUACAUCUACGGCAUCACCUACCACGACAACAUCGUCUUCAGGGUCAACAAGUUCGGCAAGGGCACCGUAGAGAAUCUGACCACCGGCAUAAACCACGCUACAGACCUCGCGCUGUACCACAACUACAAACAGCCAGAGGUUACAAACCCGUGCGACAGAAAGAAGUGUGAGUGGCUGUGUCUGCUCAGUCCCAGCGGUCCAGUCUGCACCUGCCCUAACGGACACAUUCUGGACAACGGCACCUGCGUGCAGGUCCCCACGCCCACACCUGUCGCUCCGAGCGGUCCGUGCACCCUGCAGUGUCUGAAUGGUGGGAGCUGUGAACUGAACGCCAGGAAACAGCCCAAGUGCCGCUGCCAGGCGAACUAUGGAGGAGACAGAUGUGAGAUCAAUCAGUGUAGAGAUUACUGCCAGAACGGAGGGACGUGCACUGCAUCUCCCACAGGUUCUCCUACCUGUCGGUGCCGGGCGGGCUUCACCGGGCCGAACUGCAACCUGCGCACCUGUGACAACUACUGCCAGAACGGAGGCAACUGCACAGUCACUCGCGGCAACCAGCCCAUCUGCAGAUGCCCCGGAGAGUUCCAGGGAGAUCAGUGCCAGUUCAGAUUGUGUGAUAAUUUCUGUGAAAACGGAGGGACAUGCCUUCAGUCUGGCGACGACUCUAAGCAGUGCCGCUGUCCGCCGCGCUACAUCGGGAAGAAAUGUGAGGUGGACAAGUGUCACUACUGCCGUGAAGGCAAGUGCAUCCCCACCAGCAGCAGCCAGCCCGAAGGAGACGUCACGUGCAGAUGUGCUGACGGCCAAAUCCAGUCCAGCUGUUACACCUGUGAUGGAUACUGCGCUAAUGGACAGUGCUCCCUCAGCCCUGCGAAUCUUCCUCAGUGCAAGUGUCCUCCUGGGUGGGAGGACCAUCGCUGUGCGACCCGCACCCCCAGCGUUAAUGCAGAGUCCGGCAGCCGCACAGCAUCCAUCGUCAUUCCUGUGAUCCUGCUGCUGUUGCUGGUGUUGCUGAUUGGUGGAGCAGUGCUGUGGUACAGAAGAAGGAUGCGAGGGGCUAAAGGGUUCCAGCACCAGAGGAUGACAAACGGGGCCAUGAACGUGGAGAUCGGGAACCCGGCAUAUAAAAUCUAUGAAGGGGAGCAAGACGAUGACGUGGGAGAACUGCUGGAUACUGAUUUCACACUGGAUCCAGACAAGCCAACUAACUUCACGAAUCCCGUGUACGCCACGCUCUACAUGGGAGGCCAGAACAGCCGCAAUUCUCUGGCCAGCACGGACGAAAAAAAGGAGCUGCUAUCGCGGGGAGAUGAGGAGCCCCUGGUGGACCCACUAGCAUAGACUGUUUCUAGGCUUGGUCCAUAGCAUUCAAAAGCACCCCCUUUGCCUUUUAUUGAGAGAGAAAAAAACAAAACCCAGGAGGAGAAUCAACAGUAAAGCGUGAACACUGUAUAAAAUGUACAAAAAUGAAGGACUACUUUUGUAUGUGAUCGCAGUAUUAUAUUUUGUUCUUUUGGUCAGAACGAACCGCAACU